AUGAUUGCCAAGGACCCGUUACAGCACCCACAGAUGGGGACUUUUGUAUCUGAGGCGCAACGCUGCUGCGCGCUGCAUGAUUAUCCUAAAGCGAUCGCUGCUUGCAAACAUGCCUUGGAGCUGGAUGCGGAUAAUGUUAAUGUGAGACUUUUACGGGCGCGUUGUAACAUGCUUGCAGGCCGCAUACCUGAGUCUAUCGAAGACACACGUUGUGUACUACAAGCUGAGCCUUUCAACCAUCGUGCUCAUUUUUGUCUCUCGGAGGCCCUAUUCCAAGCUGCAGAGUUUGAGCAAUCUUGCGUUAGUCUUUAUCGCUGUAUCGAGCUGCGUCCAGAUAUCAAAUCCUAUCUGUAUGGCAUCAAGCGCUCCGAGGAGGCUCUCCGUGACAGUUGCAGGUUUAACACACAUGACAUGAAUCUUCUCUUAGACCUUUUGGAACGCGGUAUCAUAAUUGAUGCUAGUACAAUUGCGGAUCAUGCUGAUCCAAUGGACUUGUCUACUCCUCAGUUUCGUUUGUGGCAGAUUCCUUCUGUUAGAGAAACCCCAUCCGUCGAGGAUGACUCCCCGGCCUUGUCAGUAAGUUCUCCUAAUCCUGAACCAGCUACACUGAAGACUCGUUACACUCCUGUAAGCAAGAGCUUCAUCUCCAGCGAUAUAGCUUUCUUCGAAUCUUUGAGUGACGUCAACUGUGUUCGAGAUCUGGUAUCUAGCGGCUUAGAAUUCGCAACGCAGAGAGAUACCUUUUGGGCAGCGAAAAAUCCCCGGUCUAUUAGUGCUCCUAAGGCGGCCAGCAUGCGAACGGUGAGUCAGCCCCUCUCACCACUAUCCCGGAGUGGGUCAGCACGACUGCAGAACUCCAUUCCUCAUGAUCUACGUGACAUUAUGAAGGCCGUUGAAGCCCAGAGGCCAGGCAUUGCUAUCCAACGUUGUAAUGUACUUCUGAAAAGACGCAGCACCUUAAAUCCACGCAUUAGCUUGAUUGCACAAUUAAUACAGCACUGUGCACUAUUAUCUUUAGGGAACACCACAAGCGUUGAGGGGCUGCGGAAUCUGCUGAAGCUUUCUGUUCGAUAUCCAGACAUAUACGUAAAGGUAGCCUAUCACUUAGCUCGAGCACUUCUUGCUUCGGCCCCAACUGAAUCUAUUUCUUUAGCACAAAGCAUCCGCACGGUACCAGCAGCUCAGCGAAACCCUGUCCUCAUUGGAUAUACGUGUGCACUAGAAACCAAAGCUAUGUGCAUCCUUUCUCACCCAAAUACUCAACGCUCAGCACGUACAGCACGUACAGCUCUGCAAAAUGUGAUUCAGAAACGCGCAGACGUCAUAUCCAACUUUCUUGCAACAUUUGAGCUUUUCAAUCCAAGUUCCCCCCAGGAGCUUCUAGCAGAAAUUAACUCGAUAAUAAAGGAGGGCACUCUAUAA